AUGGCAGGAUCAACACCCAACCCUCGCAUCCUCAUCACAGGAGCCAGUGGAGCAUAUGGACAACUUCUCUUCAAGCGUCUCCUCGAAAAAGGCAUAGAUCCUUCGACCAUAAUUCUCGUCUCCAGAAACCCCAACAAGCUCUCCGAAACCUCACCACCCAUUCCCGCACAAGUCACUCUCCGCAAAGGUUCCUUUGACGAUCCCCUCUCAGACCUCACUGCCACGUUCACCACCGCAGACAUCAUCUUCCUCAUCAGCACCUCCCGCGCCGGCGCCCGCCUUCCCCAACACCAAAAUGCCAUCACCGCCGCCGUCCGCUCCGGAGCCCAACACAUUUUCUACACAGGCUUCAUCGGCGCAGAUUUACCCCAUCCUUCCGCUCUCGUCGUCCGAGAACAUCGCGCUACAGAGGAAAUGCUUCGCCUCAGUGGCAUUUCCGCAUAUACCGUCUUGCGCGAUACCCAAUACUCUGAUGCAUUUGCGGAUGUCAUUUUACCCGCAGCGAGAAAUUCUGGAAGUCUGAAAACGAAUUGUGGAAAGGGGAAAAUUGCCCCUGUCGCGAAGGAGGAUUGUGUGGAAGUUGCUGCUGUGGCGGUCAUGAAUGCGGAUUUGCAUCGGAAUCGUGUGUAUGAUGUGACGGGUCCGGAGUUACUUUCGUAUGGAGAGGUGGCGGAGAUGGCUGCGAAGUUAUCUGGACAGGAUUUACCUUGUGAGUUUGUGUCUGAUGAGGAAAUGUUUGAGGAUUUUGAUCGUUUGGGAAUUCCGCGGGAGCCGGGGGAUGAGUUUGAGAGGGAGGGCGUUAAAGGGUAUAAGUGGAAUAGUUCGGAUAUGGUUUCUUUUGGGACGGCGAUUCGGUUGGGGGAGAUGGCGGUGAUUAGUGAUGAUGUGGAGAAGAUUAUUGGGAGGAAACCUGUGGGACUAAUGGAAGUUUUGAAGAGUCGGGGUUGAUGGAGUCAGUACGUAAGGUGCAUGCGUGGGAGGUGGUGGCUACAUGUAGCCGCCGUAGAUUAUGACUUUGUGGCGUUCGACAUUUGGGGCUCAAAUAGAUGUAUUUGCCAAGCUGAUGAGACGAAAUAUAUGUAGGUUGGUGAGAUGCUUUGGGGGG